AUGUAUUCGUUUGCGUUUAUCUUCGCCUUGUUGGUGGCUGCGUGCGCCCAAGACAGCACAACGGAAACGCCUAAUUCCGCAAGCGUUGAUGGUAGUAGCACAGCCGCGACCACCGACAAGAUGCAAAACGAUGACCCAGCGGCGGCAUCACCCUCCGGAGCUGAUACAAGCGCAGCGCCCGCAGCUUCCGAUGCUACCACCACCGCUGGACCGCCGAUUAUCCACACAUCGGUAACAGAUGCCGUUCCUGAUGAGGGCAGCAAGACACCAGCGGCGGAUACCACCAAAUCUGAAACAACCAACGCCACCACAAAAGCAACCGGUUCGAAUACGACGGCUGCACCCGGAAACAAAGAUAAUAGCGCCGCCGGCAUACACUCCAGUAUCGCGUGUCUGCUUAUCAGCGUGCUGCCCGCAUUCUUCUUGUACCAAAGUUAA